CCCGGAAUGGCCGGCGCCAUGUCCUCCUUGCGACGUUGAAGGCCCAACGGAUGGUGAGGAACCAUGGGGAGCAUCUACAAGGAGUAUUUUAACACGCAGAAGAUCCGGGAGCACUACAAUUACACCAAAGAAGACUCGGAGAGUCCCAUCACCACCUCCCGGUGGGUGGUUUCCAUCUUCAUCGUCGUCUUGUGUUGCUUCAUCGUCUUGGAGAACCUCUUGGUGCUCAUCUCCGUCUGUCGCAACAAGAAGUUCCACUCGGCCAUGUACAUCUUCAUCGGCAACUUGGCUUUCUCCGAUCUCUUGGCCGGGUUGGCCUUCAUGGCCAACAUCUUGCUCUCGGGUUCCAUCACCUUCAACUUGACGCCGGUCCAGUGGUUCGUCAGGGAAGGCACGGCCUUCGCCACCUUGGCCGCCUCCGUCUUCAGCUUGUUGGCCAUCGCCAUCGAACGCCACGUGGCCAUCACCAAGGUCAAGGUCUACAGCAGCGACAAGAACUGCCGGAUGGUCUUGCUCAUCGGAGCUUGUUGGGUCAUCGCCGCCGCCAUCGGCAGCCUCCCCAUCAUGGGUUGGAACUGCAUGAGCGACCUCCGCGAUUGCUCCACCGUCCUCCCCCUCUACUCCAAACGCUACAUCCUCUUCGUCAUCACCAUCUUCACCCUCAUCCUCCUCGCCAUCGUCGGCCUCUACACCCGCAUCUACUGCAUCGUCCGCUCCAGCCACGCCGAAAUCGCCACCGCCCAAACCUUGGCUUUGCUCAAGACGGUCACCAUCGUUUUAGGAGCCUUCAUCAUCUGUUGGUUACCAGCCUUCAUCAUCCUCCUCAUGGACGCUUCUUGCCCGGUUCGGGCUUGUCGAAUCCUUUAUAAAGCUAAUUAUUUUUUCGCUUUCGCCACCCUCAACUCGGCGGCCAACCCCAUCAUCUACACCUUGAGGAGCAAGGACAUGAGGCGGGAGUUCCUCAGGGUCUUGUGUUGUUGUGGGGCGGGACGUGGGGACCAACCCCCCGGCCGUUGCGGCCUCCCCCUUCGUACCUCCAGCUCCUUGGACCGUUGCACCCCCAAAUACGACUUACCCACCUCCCCCAUCACCCGCGAGUGCACCACCUCCGUCUAAAAUGGAGGAAAAAAAG